AUGGCCCGCGUCCAGUUGUCCCAUAAUCUGUUGCUUUUCUUUGAGUUCAGUCUUUCUAAUUCUUAUAUGUCAUCAGGGUAUGAGGAUGGAAUCGUUCAAGCAUCAUCCUUUCGUACAUAUCACGCACCCCUUAAUAAACAAGCUGAUUUCUUGAACUCAAUGAGGGCAGCACGGGAUUUUAGUUCAAGAAUGUCUGAUUCAUUGAAGAUUGAUGUCUUUCCAUACGCUGUAUUUUACAUAUUCUUUGAACAAUACCUUAAUAUAUGGAAGACAGCACUAAUCGACCUUGCUAUAGCUAUUGGUUGUUACUCUUUCUUAAAAUUGACAGGUGCAGUUUUCGUUGUUUGCUUAGUUAUCACAUCCAGUCUGUGGGCUUCUGCUAUUAUUCUACUUGUGCUGGCAAUGAUCAUUUUGGAUCUAAUGGGUCUAAUGGCAAUCUUGAACAUUCAACUGAAUGCGGUGUCUAUUGUUAACCUUGUAAUGUCGGUGCGUAUUGCCGUUGAGUUCUGUGUCCACAUAACACAUGCUUUUUUGGUGACGAGCGGAGAUAGAAAUCAACGCAUGAAAGAGGCUUUGACGACAAUGGGGGCUUCUGUAUUCAGUGGAAUCACCCUUACGAAGCUAGUCGGAGUGAUUGUUCUUUGCUUUUCAAAGAGUGAAGUUUUUGUGGUAUCUGAUCCUGCAUGCUAA